GGAAUCCAAAGAUGACUUCAGCUACCAGCUUGCUGUUUUUUGCGAUCCAUUUUGCCUGUAUCAGAGCUGAAAAUUCCUCUGAGAGUAAGUUGUGCCAUGAAUGCCAUAAUAAUGGUUAUAAAAUGUUAUAUACAAAAAUAGUUUUCAGAUGAUUGUUACCUUUCUCUGUGGUUUGGGAGAACUGUGUAUAAUUUUUUUAACCAAAAUAUCAAUAAGAUUGGUCACAUGAUAAAACUGACUACAAUAACAGUAAUUCUCUCUUGUAUUAAUGUCAAUUUCUUUCUCUGAUAUUUUACUAACAGAAUUUGUCAAACUGGAGUGUAAAACAGAAUACCAUGGGGUUUAUGGUCAGCAGUCAAUUGUAGAAUGCAUUGUCAAACCAGUGGUUGAGGAUGUGACCAUCAUAACAGUGACCUGGAAGAGAGUGGGAGCUGCUGCUAAUUUGUUGGAAUACCAUAAAGAUAAAAUGAUCCCAACCCCUGGGUUUAAAUUUGCUGAGCCAUCCUGGAACAAGAAGAAUAUGAAUGUGUCCUUGUUGUUGACAAAUACCAAGAUGGCCGACAAUGGGGAGUAUGAAUGCGAGGUGGAAACAGAUGUUGGGACUGACAAAGCUACACCCAGCCUCAGUGUCACAGGUGUGUCAUAGACUGUCUACAGUGUCAUUUUAGGAAAAUAUACACAUUUUUCAACACCGGUUCAUGAAAGGAGCAAACUAAACGUGAGAUAUUCAGCCAAGCUUGGAGUGCAAUAGAAGAAUAGACAACUUCUUUUUUUUUAUGUGUCUCGGCUCAUAGCUUAUGAUGCCCAUACGCUGAAAUCCUUUGGAAAGUUCUAUUCAACUUCCAUUGUUGUCACACACACACACACACACACACACACACACACACACACACACACACGUGCACACAACCAUACAACCACUAAGUCUUGCAUCGAGGAUAGAAUUGUGAAAUACAGUAGAACAGGCUUUUCAUUUCUAAGAAAGCACUUCCAUACAGUUAUGAUACAAAGUUGAUAAGGAUGUUUAUUCUGUAAUAUUCUCAGGGGGAGUUCAGAUAUAUUUGUAAGUGUGUGAUUGGACAGCACAGCAGGAGCGUUGUUUACUUUCUGUUUCAGAAUGACAGUGCUCAAAUGGUACACAGUAGUACCACGUCCACAAAUAGCCUCCAUAAUGCCAUUCUGCCCAUGGCAUGCAAUCAGUGUUUACAAAUAAUGUACACAGACUCAAUUAGAACAUCUGAGUGAUAAAAAAAGGUCAUUCCAGUUUAUUAAAAUCACUCCUACUGUAAUCUCAUUCCAAGUUAUAAUCGUUGGAUUGACGUUGAAAAGGUGCAGAGUCCGUCUAGACAAUGUUUACCCGCUGACGUUGUAUAACUACUGAUGUACCAAAUAGCACCCACAUGUAUAAUAUAAUUUCCCCUUACUCUCUCUCUCUUCCAGCUAAGUACAAAACUCCAACCAUGAGCUCCAUCCCUGACACCAACAUCCAAGAGAACACAGAUGUUACCAUUUUCUGCAACUCUACAGGCGGGCACCAGAAAGGGUUGAUCUGGUGGUUUGAUGAGUUUGGCACAAACUGCACAGAGAGUGCUGAACUGGUGGCCAAAGAGACCGACGAUGGUCUGUUUAGCCUCGCCAGUAAUUUCACAGUGCUGAAGGCAACAUCCAGUUACACGAACUACACGUGCAAAGUGCUCAAUGUCAAUGGAGCCCUGGAGGGGAAGGCUUCAUUUGAGAUCCAGUUUGUGUCCCGAAACCUAGGUAUGUUCUGCCAUGGCUGCUACCUAAUGGUAUGAAUAUGUUGGUGAUGUCAUCCUUUGUAAAAGCAGGGCCAAGUCCAAAACCUGCCAAUUUAUCUCAUUCCCUCAUCCUGACCCUGAUAAUUGUAAAACAAUUCAGCCUCAAUCUAGUCUACUUUUAAAAUCAUAGAUGUUUUUUACGACGUCUUUAUCACAUUUCUGAACGCAAUAAAAGUCAGCCUUAUACAUUUUAUUUUUGUCAUUUAGCAGACGCUCUUAUCCAGAGUGACUUACAGUUAGUGAGUGCAUAAAUUUUUCAUACUGGCCCCCCGUGGGAAUCGAACCCACAACCCUUGGCGUUGCAAGCGCCAUGCUCUACCGACUGAGCUACACGGGGAGUGAACAACAUGUCACUGAGGAGUGGAGUAGAUACAAAGAAUUAUAACACUGCCCUAGGUCAGGCCAUAACAUCCUCCCGAAUCUGACUGAACACCUUCCUUGAAACUCGAACAAAAGGAAAAUGUUUGUCUUUGUUUGGAUAAGAAACAAUAGAGCGCAAUAGUAAUGGCGUCUUUUUGUAGGCACUAACUCCACCACGGUUCGUUGGACAAAGCCUAUUGAGAAAAUGAAUGGAGUUUUUGUAGCGUUUUUGGAUAAACGCCAAAAAUAAGGUCUGUGGUAAACAUAGGCUUAGGAGAUCUUAUACAUUUUGUCCUAUGAGAUAAUCUUCAUCAGUGAACGUAACCUUUUGUGAAUUUUGAAGCAUUUAUGUAAUUUAAUAAUGCACAUAAAGGCUUCAUAAUUCAUAAAGGUCAUGUUAACUGACUGAUAUUAUCUCAUAGAACAAAACGUAUAAGACCUCCUAAACCUGUGUUAACCUCAGACCUUAUUUUCGGCGUUUAUCUCAAAACCGUAUUCUUUCGCCUUUAAUUUUUGCCAUAGGAAUGGCUGAAUGAACCAAGGGUAACUCAUUUCCGGGUUUUAGGACUACAAGCUGGCAAGCUCUAUUCAUGCGUGUUUCAACAGGAAUCCAGAAGAUCUUCAAUGUUUGCUUAACCCAGUCUACUUGUCAUCUGAUGAGCUAUAGGAAAUUACUCGGUUAAUCUGAUCCAAUAGGUCCAUAGAGGGGGAAAUAAUGAUAGUGGAGUUGUAACUACCUGCACUAGUUGCAAAUUAGAGCUGAUAGUCUCCAAUCUGUCUCUAAUGCCCCUUAUCAUGAUUCAUAAGUGCAGUCAUAAUACCUUCUUACCAGAACAUUCUGUCUCUGCAGUUGUGUUUCUCAUCUCUGGCAGCCAUUUUGAAUAUUAUUUCUGACCUGCAGUCCUCCAGCUGUUGUUCUUUAGCCUGGCUGGGAACUUUUAAAGAAAAAGGAUCCAUCUAAUGCCAAAACUAAUUGUUCUUAGCAAUGGGAAGUAAAGCAUCCCUUUCCUGCAGUCAAUGGCCAAAAGCACCCUCUUUGGCCUCAUGGGUGGAAUUGUAUUAAUAUUUAAUAUUUUUCAUAAUUUCACAAUUAUAAAAUAAAUACAUAUUUUUUUAAAAACAACGAAAAUCCGGUGUUUCUAUGUCAAACGGUUUUGUUAUAUUCCAGUCUUCUAGAUUUGUUUAAGACUACCAAUAAUCUCUCUGUGUGACCCUGAUUUAGCCCACUGCAGUAAAAGGUUAUUAAGAUGCAUUUAGAUUAGAACAGAGCUCAAGUCUGUGUGUCUGAAAUGCCCUGAUACUGAAUUUGACCCAAGCAUAGCUAACCUUUUUCUCUUGACUUCAUAUGAAUUGCCUAUUUAUUUUGUAACUCCCAAUUUUUGUCAAUUUUGUCUGUCCAGGUAGUAAAGCUGAUAACUUGGAUUCUGUGUCCAACACCAAGUGGCUUGCCCCGGUUGUAGUCAUAGGAUCUCUGAUCAUUGGACUCCUUGCUGCGCUGCAGUUUUUUAAGAAGCGCUCCGCCCAACGUAAGUACAUGAAUUGUCAUACUCAUAAAGUAGAGACUGUUGUGUGUGUAUAACUCCAUAAUAUCAUUACAUGGAGCUUUGAUCAUGUAUCUGAUCAUGUAUCUGUUUGUCAUGCUAGCUAGUGCUAGAUUAACCUGUACAGAGGCCCUUCCUCUGCCAAGCCUGCAUGCUCUGGCAGCCAUCCAUUUUGGCUUUGCAUGGGGGAUUACACAACCUGUAAUGUUGUCUGGUAACUCAGCCAAUCGUUUAGAGUAGUCAAAUCAGUGGUAUGUUGUGGCAUACUAUUAACCAUGAAUAACAGUAUAGUUAA